CACGACGACGUCGAUGUCUAAAAUACCCGCAUCCAACGGAGCUCACUAAUCUUAUGUAAGUCAAACCGUGUGUACCGAUAUCGCUCGCUAGACGGACUGCCACGCCGAAGACGAAGACAAUCAAAUGACGAGAAUUAAUAACAGGCCGCUUUUUGCGGCAUUAUUAGUGUUUGUGGCGUUAACCAGCGUCACUUUGGCUGACGACGACAAAUGGGUAUGGGGCAGAUCAAACGACCAAUCAAGGGCCGACUCAAGGAUUGGAUCCUCGUCCGACGAGGUGAUCCGAAUAGCUAAACCAUUAUUGCGCAAUCAGCCCAACCAAAAGCCCAGUCCAUUAUUCCAACCCGCCAACAACCCGAGGCUGGACACCAAACAUUACAGGGAUGACUCCAUACGAAACGGGCGUUAUGAAGUCAACGAGGAUUAUGUACCAGACAGGGAACCUUUGAUCCAACAACCAAUCCAUAUAUCUGAGACCUUUAGCAGUAGGCCCUUCGACAGACCACCGCCGCCGCCGCCAAAUAACCUACCGCAAAGACCUUUGUCCAACUUCCAAGUGCCUUUGCGGCCGCAGAGACCGAAUGUCCUCAUCGAUUCCGUGCACGCGCCAUCCAGGAAACCCGUGCCUGCAGCCACCGAACCGGCCGGUUCUGCAGUGGGCAUACUCACUGGACCAGUGCCGUCGUGGCAACGACCGGCGGUCCACAAAAACGGCGAUCCAACGAAUUUCGAAAAGUGCAAAUGCUCGUUCUCUUUCAACUGUAAAUCUCCCGGGAUCAAGUUCGGAAGCUGUGAUGAGGGAAAACAAUACUGUUGCUACAAUGAUUUUGAUGGUGCGAAUUCAGGAAGCCAAGAAGUUGACAAAUAUGGAGGAGACCGAAGUGAACCCAUACCUUCUGUUUUAGUUGGUCCAGGUGGAAGUCACAGACCAGGUUUGAAACCUGGCAUAUAUGGACAAGUUUCCAACAAAAAUGAACAUAUUGAUCGACAAGAAUUUAUUGGUAACAGUUUUCCAAAUGAACCAUUAUUCAACAGAAGACCCAAUGAGUACGGAAAUAACCCUUUUAUUAUUCCAAGACAAUUGUAGGUAUAGUAAAUAAUGUUAUAAAUAAAUGUAAUUACUAUUAUAUUUUUUUUUA